CUGUUAAAUUAAUAAGGGAAUAUGUUCUGUUAUACUUGCCCGAGAGUCUUGAACCAGUCUUGGUUUUCCCGCCAUCUGGGUUCUGGCUGGCUUGCAAUUUCUCUUUGAUAUUGCAAUAGUUUUUCGUUGAACUUGAGUGUGGGGCUCCUAAGGCUGGUUUGCUUUUAUUUUUUUUCAAGAUGUGAACUUUUUUCUUUUCCCUUGAGCUUAUUUUGCUGUUUUGUACUGUUAUUUUUAAUUGCUUCCGACUGGGGGGCAGGGCCGAGAGUGAGAUCUGGCUUCAGUUUGGCUCUGUUCACUAUUACUCACAUUUCCCCCAGAAGCCGCACACACACUCCUCGCUCCCUGCCUUGGACAAACUACUUCUGAAAGGCCAUUGAUCCUGGCGUAAAGGGUGUUGAGAGGGAGAUGGGCCCAGGCUCGGGACUCUCAGGAAUCCAGUCCUGUACAGUCAUGAGCUUGGCCAUCUGGAAGUCUCCUCUUGCUCAAUGAAAUGGAGUAAACAUUGUCCAUUAUGAAAUCCACCACGCAGGCUGCCAGGGACGAAUGGGAUCCCACCCAAAGCCAAUCGCUGCUCUGACAGGGAAACUGGCUAGCACUGCCUAAGACUACUCCAGCCUUCCCCGUCCCUGAUGUCACAAUUCAGAGGCUGCUGCCUGCCUAGAAGGUUGUAGGAAAGCUCUGUAGGUUCUCUCUGUGUGUCCUGCAGGGCUCUUCGGGCCAGGUCCCUGUCUGAUGGCUUUUAUGAAAAAAUAUCUCCUCCCUCUUCUGGGGCUCUUCUUGGCCUACUGCUACUAUUCUGCAGAUGAGGAAUUCAGACCAGAGAUGCUCCAAGGAAAGAAAGUGAUUGUCACAGGGGCCAGCAAAGGAAUCGGAAGAGAGAUAGCUUUUCAUCUGGCGAAGAUGGGAGCCCACGUGGUGGUGACAGCGAGGUCAGAAGAAACUCUACAGGAGGUGGUAUCCCACUGCCAGAAGCUUGGCGCAGCCUCGGCCCACUACAUUGCUGGCAGCAUGGAGGACAUGACCUUCGCGGAGCAAUUCGUUGCCAAAGCAGGAAAGCUCAUGGGAGGACUGGACAUGCUCAUUCUCAACCACAUCACCAGCUCUCCUUUCGCAUUUUUUAAUAAUGAUAUUUACCAAGUGCGCCAAAUCAUGGAGGUCAACUUUCUCAGUUACGUGGUCCUGAGUGUGGCCGCCCUGCCCAUGCUGAAGCAGAGCAAUGGAAGCAUUGUAGUCGUCUCCUCGAUAGCUGGGAAAAUGGCUCAUCCCAUGGUUGCUCCCUAUUCUGCAAGCAAGUUUGCUCUGGAUGGAUUUUUCUCUGCUAUCAGGAAGGAACACUCAAUAGCCAAGGUCAAUGUGUCAGUCACUCUCUGUGUCCUUGGCCUCAUAAACACAGAUACAGCCAUGAAGGCAGUUUCUGCUAAACUCAAUCUGGAGGCCUCUCCAAAGGAGGAAUGUGCCCUGCAGAUCAUCAAAGGAGGAGCUCUACGCCAAGAUGAAAUGUACUAUGGCACCCCACAGUGGACCUCUCUCCUGCUGGGAAACCCAGGGAGGCAGUUUAUGGAAUUCCUCCAGUCCAGGAGACUUAAUCUAAACAAAUUAUUAGACAACUAGGAACUCCCUUAAGUUUGGGCAUGCUGAGGGAUCUUGGGAGUGUUUUGCCCAAUAUUUAUCUGAGCUCUAUCCUUGAAGGCAUUUUCACAGAGGGAUAACUAGACUGUCUCACAGAGACAUGCAAGUCAUUGGUCACA